GCUGACGCACAGGGCAAUCCUUCUCCAGAUCUGCGGACAAGGCCGCCGCAGGAACGACCCAGAUGUUUGAUUGUUGCUCCUUUCCGAUUUGUCCCCAUUUCUGCACAUCAAUCACAUCACAAUCAUGGCGCAAAGUUGGGAUUAUAUCGCCAAAAUCGUAUCGCUAGGUGACUCUGGUUGCGGAAAGUCCAGUCUCACGAUAAGACUGUGCGAAGGACGCUUCUCCCCUCACCACGAUGUAACCAUUGGUGUCGAAUUCGGCAGUCGCAUUGUACCUGUUGGUCCUCCUGCCUCAUUAGCUCUCAAAGUCAACGACCCGUCCGCCGACCCUACCACUGAAACACCAUCAAAUACCGAUUCGCCAAAUCAAAAGCAUAUGAAACUAUCGUUAUGGGAUACCGCUGGACAAGAGACGUACAAGUCAAUCACACGAUCAUACUUCAGAGGUGCCAGCGGUGCCCUACUGGUCUUCGACAUCACAAGGCGUGCUACUUUCGAAGCCGUGACAGCAUGGUUGAACGACCUCCGCCAGAUUGCAGAAGAAAACAUCAUCGUCGUGCUCGUCGGAAACAAGAGCGAUCUUGCUGCUUCAACCACAGUGGCCGAGGGAGCCGGCUCCGAGAACAAGCGUCAAGUCACACAGGAAGAAGCCGAAACGUGGUGUAAAGAGAAUAAGGUCAUGCAAUACGUCGAGACCUCGGCAAAGAGCGGCGACAAUGUCGAAAGAGCUUUCCGUGAGGUCGCAGAGAGAAUAUAUCAAAACAUCGAGGCCGGAAAGUACGACCUGAAUGACAGACGAUCAGGAGUCAAGGGUCCUGGAGCUGGUGGCGGCAACACUGCGAGAACCAUCAAUCUGGGCAUGAACGACGCUGCUUCUGUUCAGAAACGAGGCAAGCAAGGCGCGUGUUGUUGAUAUUGUUAUACUACCAGCGUUUUUGUUUAGGGAUUCUGAAGCAUAGCGGGCGUUGCGGGCAUGGCCAAAAAGGUCUUUGGGCGCUUUUGAAUCAGUUAUUGACACGCUAAUAUCACCUUCUUUACAAUGCUGAAAUGAGCUAGGUCCGAUUCCAA